GCCGCAGCCGGCGCUGCGGGGGUUCUACCGCCGGGACGGGCGGUGCCGGUCAACGGCAUGUUUCAUUCAUGAGUCGGGUCAGGCCGGGCCACAUUUAUCGAGCGGCGGAUGCGUAGCUGCGCGUGCGCAGUGAGGCCGCAUGACUGUGCAGUGGGUUUGCAUGCGAGUUUGGACUUGACUGCCGACGAUGGCGCGAGCAACUGCGUUGACCUAGGGACGGACGGACGAUGAUGAUGAUGAUGUUCUGAGCCCAGUGGCAAUUUCCUUUGUGGUGCGCGGUGCCGCCUGAGAGAGGGAAGGUCACGGGCAUUUUCAGCCGAGCUGCUCGUGUGCGUGCGGAGACUUCUCCGGAUUCGGGACAUUUUUGGAUGUUGUAGAUGACGAAAUGACCGAGUGGCUGGCUGGCUGGCUGGCUGGCCGGCCGGCCGUUGUACGUUGAGAAACGUCAAGGGCUGGACUUUUUUCUCACCCCGUUUGGUCAAGUGCGAGCAUCUCGGGGGUGCUGCGUGCUUUUCUGCACAAUCAUGAGGCGCAUCUGUUUGAGGAGACAAGAUCCACGUGGGCAAGUCAUGUUGGCUGGCGUGUCGACGGGAAUGCACCGCUGAAACAAUCAUUGUGUUGGCUUUUUAUUGACAUUUCAGACCAAAGUCCCAACUUCUGCUCCUCACCAAGUGAAUUCCAAGUGUACGUUCCACAUUCCGUGGCGACACCGAGCUGGCUAACAGUGUUCAGUGAGCAAUCACAGCUAACAACCUCGCAUCUCUCCCCAAAAGAGCAUUCCGUUCCAUCGCCAUAGCACCGUUUUAGAAUGGAAGAAUCGGGUCCGUUCGGUGCCAUCACGAUGGGAUCGGUGUCGCUUUUGUCACGUUCGCCGAUACGCAAGGACGCGGCAACUCAUUCGCAGCAAUUGAAUAGGUACUGGACACGUGGCCCUCAUUGGCCGUCACGUGUGGGCGGGCCCCGGUUAACCGCCAUCUUUUUGGUUCGUAGGCCGUCCAAGGAAUUGUUGUGAGCUGGCGCUCAGAACGAUGAUCAAUGGCUCGUUCAAGCUGGGAGCUGCUCGCGUUCUUCACGGGUGGCAGAUGCAGUGCCUAGGCCCCGCCCACCAGGACAACGCCAACAUGAACGGGACGGCCGAGCAGGCCGACAUCCUGCCGCCCAACUGCAUGGUCAAGGACCGAUGGAAAGUGCUGAAGAAGAUCGGCGGCGGCGGUUUCGGCGAGAUCUACGAGGCGCUGGAUCUGCUGACUCGGGAGAACGUGGCCCUCAAGGUGGAGUCGGCCCAGCAGCCCAAACAGGUCCUCAAGAUGGAGGUGGCCGUGCUCAAGAAGCUGCAGGGUAAAAACCACGUGUGCAAAUUCAUCGGCUGCGGCAGGAACGAUAAAUUCAACUACGUGGUGAUGCAGCUUCAGGGUCGCAACCUGGCCGACCUGCGGCGCAGCCAGCCUCGAGGGACCUUCACCAUGAGCACCACGCUCAGGCUCGGCAAGCAGAUCUUGGAGUCCAUCGAAGCCAUUCACUCGGUCGGAUUCCUCCACCGGGACAUCAAACCUUCCAACUUUGCAAUGGGUCGCCUGCCGUCCACGUACAGGAAGUGCUACAUGCUGGACUUUGGUCUGGCCCGCCAGUACACCAACACCACCGGCGAGGUCCGGCCGCCCAGGACGGUGGCGGGUUUCCGCGGGACAGUCCGUUACGCUUCGGUCAACGCGCACAAAAACAAGGAAAUGGGUCGCCACGACGACCUGUGGUCGCUCUUCUACAUGUUGGUGGAGUUUGCCGUCGGCCAGCUGCCUUGGAGGAAAAUCAAAGACAAGGAGCAAGUGGGUCAAAUCAAAGAGCGUUACGACCACCGCAUGUUGCUCAAACACAUGCCGUCCGAGUUCAACGUCUUCCUGGACCACGUCCUGGCCCUCGACUACUACACCAAACCCGACUACCAGCUUCUGAUGUCAGUGUUCGAGAGCAGCAUGAAGGAACGGAUCAUCACGGAGAACGAGCCUUUCGAUUGGGAGAAGGCGGGGAGCGACGUCACCGUGUCCACCAGCGCCUCCACCCAACCGCAGCACAACACGCGGCCCACCGCCGCCAUGCUGGGGGCCAUCGUGACGCCGGUGCCCGGAGACCCCCAGCGCGAGAACACUGACGACGUCCUUCAGGACGAGCACCUGAGCGACCAGGAGAACGCUCCGCCCCCGCCGGCCCGACCCCUUGGCGAGUCGCUCGGCCAGCGUGGCGGCGAGCCCGGCGAAGCCUGGGAGGACACCGACUUCAACCGCAACAGACUCAGGAUCAGCUUGAACAAGGAGGAAGAGGCCCCGGGGCACGCCGCCUGUCCGGUGUCGCCGGUUCGGGGCGGAGCUCCCGAUUCACCGACGGGCCAGGGGCGGUCCUUACGAUACCGCCGAGUCAACAGUCCCGAGUCGGAACGUCUGUCCGCCGCCGAGGGACGCGGGGACGCUUAUGGACAGAGGUCUCGUAUGGACAUGCUGGGCUCUCCUUCGCGCCACGUGUACUCGUCGCAGCCGGCGCAGAUGCUGUCGGUGGACCCCGGUUGCCGUGGCGAUCGGCAGGCCAGCGGCAGACAGGAAGUGUCGGCGGCGUCGGCCGACCAGGAGGCUCACAGCAACGCUUUCAUCCGCUCCGUGCCGCUCGCCGAGGAAGAGGACUUUGACAGCAAGGAGUGGGUGAUCAUCGACAAGGAGGCGGAGCUUCGAGACUUCCACCCCACCACGUCAGGCACCACCGACGAGGAGCCCGAGGAGCUGCGCCCGCUGGAGGAGCAGGACGAGCGAAGGAAGACCAGGGCGGGGCCAGACCUGGUGGUCCGCCCCAAGACGCAAGGCCGGGGAUUGCUCAUGCUCACCGAGGAGGAGGCGGCGGCGCGAAGGAGCUUUGGCGCCGGCGCCAGCCCCGCCCACUCGGCGUGUCACUCGCUGCCAUCGGCGCGCCCUCGGCGGAGAGAGUCGGAGCCCAACGGACCGCAGCGGCCGGUGGCCGCCUCGGCCGUGGCCUCCUCGCCGCCAGCCUCGCCCGUGGCCUCCUCGCCGCCAGCCUCGCCCGACUACCGCACCAAAGGCGACGGCGACGAGCGCGAGCGCUUCCACAUCUUGCCCAAGCUGCAGGCCAAGCGCGGCGACUUCCUGACGGUGAUGCUGACGGGGAGUCUCCCACAGCGGCGCGCCUUCGCCGCCAGCGACGACGCCCCGCAGGAACCCGGCGGCCCCAAAGACGACGACGUGACCAAGAGCCAGUCCGACAGCGAGGCCAGUCCCAAGAGCUCCGAGCGCAGCCAGGACGCCGCGCCUUCCACGCUCAUGGCCGAGGACCAGCGCGGCGCCAGGGAGCACCCUUCCGAGGCCGACCCCGACCUGGAGGACGCCUCCAAGACCUUGGUCCUCUUCUCCCCGGGUGACACUCGCAAGUCCCCCUCCGGGGAGCAGGCGGCCGAGGGCGAAUUGUCCACCCCUUCCGGAGCCAUCCCCCGCCAGGAACGGGACUCCGAGAUGGCUCGCCUGUCAGAGACGGGUCGCCUGUCUCCCGCCGCUCUGCGACUGGACGCGCGGCCGCCCACCCCUGUCGCGCCAGCGUCGCCCCCCUUUACCAAAGUGGAGCGUACCUUUGUCCACAUAGCAGAGACCUCCCAUCUGAAUAUCAUGUCUUCCAACGGGCACGCCGCUCGGGAGACGGAAGGCCCGGGACCCCAGCCUCCGGUCCGAGAUGCUUCGGAGCCGUCCGAGAGCCGUCCGGCCGAGACGAGCGUCUUUUCAUCGGAACCUCCGCAUUCGGCCGAGCCUCUGCGGCAAAAAUCCUCCAACGAGGAAGCCUCUCCGACGCGCACCAAAGCGGAACCUCCCGUGGCCCUCCAGAGCCAAAUCAGGAGCAGAAUUCCUCUUCUGAUCUCAGAGUCCGAGGUGCGGCGCUCCCCGUCGGCCCGGGCUCGCCUUCAGCGACACGGCGACGUGGACUCGCCCCGGGUGCUGGUGCGGAGGCAACAGAGUCGCUGGAUGCGGAGGCGCCUCUGCUCCGGCACCUCGUCCUCGUUGUCCUCGGGGGACGGCGAGUAUCGCGGGCCCUCGGAAAGCUUGUCCGCCGCCGGAUCGGAGGAGGACACGCGCGCCUCGGACCGAGCGGAGAGGAACUCCGGCGUCACCCGCUCAGACCGGCGGGACCGGGCGGGGUCCGGGAGCCGGAUCCCGAGGCCUAUCGGAAGACCUCCCGGGAAAGCGCCCGCCGCUCGGUCUCCUCUGGUGUCGUCGUCUGCGUCAUCUUCCACUCCCAGGAAGCAAAAGAGUCAACCAAAGUCUGCAGCCAGAUCGUCGUCUGCGUGCCCACGCACGCCCGGCGCUGCCUGCGUCCAGUCCGGCAGCCCUCGUGCGCCCCUGCGAGUCCUCUCGGGGUCCCGCCGCAGCCUUAGCUCCACCCACUGCAGGACCGACAGCCCGUCCCCUCUGAGAGGGCCGCCGCUGUCUGUUCGAGCCCCGACCGUGCCCGUGCUGCCGCCCAGGAAUCUGGCGGCGGCGGCGGCCAUGCGGCGCAGCGCCUCGCAAGAGCCGGCGCCGUCGGGUGGCGUCGCCUCCGCCAGGUGGUCCCGCUUCAAAACGCCAGUCAAAGGCAGCUCCAGGGAGAAGGCCCUGUCCGCUAGAUAAUACUAAAGAUCUCCACUUUUUGUUUGCCCUGUGGACUUCCUGAACUUCUCUGGCGGUGGCUGACUCAGCAUGUUUCAAUCCCCACGAAUGCUGUAAAUAAUCCAUCCUAUUUAUCCAAUCAUUAAUCAAUCCAUUUCCCUUGA